UCAAAAUGGCAAAGACUCAGAAGAAAAAUGCUAAAGGUCGUUUGGAUCGUUACUAUUUCCUUGCUAAGGAGAAAGUAGGUAUAGCCGCUUUAACUGCUCUGAAUAUAUACUAACAUCUUCAUCUCUUAGGGUUAUAGAGCUCGUUCUUCCUUCAAAAUCAUUCAAAUUAAUGAAAAAUUUGGUCAUUUCCUUGAAAAAUCAAAAGUCGUUAUCGAUUUAUGUGCUGCACCAGGUUCUUGGUGUCAAGUUGCUUCAAACUUGUGUCCCGUCAACUCUAUGAUUAUUGGUGUGGAUAUUGUCCCAAUCAAACCUAUGCCAAAUUGUAUCACUUUCCAAUCAGAUAUCACAACAGAAGAUUGUAGAUCCAGAUUAAGAGGUUACAUGAAAACUUGGAAAGCAGAUACUGUUCUACAUGAUGGUGCUCCAAAUGUUGGUCUUGGUUGGGUUCAAGAUGCUUUCACUCAAUCUCAAUUAACUUUACAAGCUUUAAAAUUAGCUGUGGAAAAUUUAGCUCCAGGUGGUACUUUUGUUACUAAAAUUUUCAGAUCAAAAGAUUAUAACAAAUUGAUGUGGGUUUUCCAACAAUUAUUCGAAAAAGUUGAAGCAACAAAACCUCCAGCUUCAAGAAAUGUUUCUGCAGAAAUCUUUGUUGUUUGUAGAACUUUCAAAGCUCCAAAAAAAUUAGAUCCAAGAUUAUUAGACCCAAAGGAAGUCUUUGAAGAAUUAGCUGAUGGUCCACAAAACAACGAAGCAAAAGUUUUCAAUCCAGAGAAAAAGAAGAGAAGUAGACAAGGUUAUGAAGAAGGUAAUUAUAUUUUACAUAACACCAUGCCAAUAAUGGAAUUUGUUAGAGAUGAAAAUCCAAUUGAUAUAUUGGGUGAAACUUCAGAAUUCAUAAUUGAUCAAGAAGAUCCUGAUUGGAAAUUAGUUAGAAAAUUAAAACAAACAACAAAUGAAUUAUUAGAAUGUUUUAAAGAUUUAAGAGUCUUGGGUAAAAAAGAUUUUAGAAUGAUUUUAAGAUGGAGAAAAAUUGCAAGAAAAUUAUUAGACUUAGAUAAAGAAGAAGAAGAAAUUAAAGUGGAAGUGGAACCAUUAAAUGAAGAGGAACAAAUCGAUAAAGAAUUGGAUCAAGUUCGUUCAAGACAAUUACAAAAACAAAAAAGAGAAAAACGUCAAAAGAAUGAACAAAAACAAAAAGAAAUUGUUCGUAUGCAAAUGAAUAUGUUGACUCCAAAAGAUAUUGGUAUUGAAGCUGCUUCAAUCGGUGCUGAUUCUUUAUUCAACUUGAAAACUGCUGAAAAAACUGGUCAAUUGGAUGAUAUUUCUCGUGGUAAAAGAAGAAUGAUUUUCGAUCAAAAUGAAUUGUAUCAAGGUAAUGAUUUCCAAUUUGGUUCAGAUGAUGAAAAAGAAAUUGGUUCAGAAGAUGAAGUUGAUGAAUUAGAAGCCCAAUUAGAUAAUAUGUAUGCUGCUUAUCAAGAAAGAAGAUCCGAAAGGGAUGCCAAAUUUAGAGCUAAAAAGGCAAGAGGUGAUGAAGAUGAUGAAGCUUGGGAUGGUAUUAAAGACGAUGCUAAAAGUGAUGAGGAAGAAGAAGAAGCUACAACAACUAAAGAUUAUAAUGAAGACGAUGAAGAUAUCAGUGAUAGUGAUGAUGAUCAACACAUCAAUAAUUUGAUUGCAAAAUUAAAACCACAAAAUACCAAAAGUGGGUUGAGUAAGAAAGCUGAUUUACUAUUCAGCAAUUCAAUCUUUGAUGGUGUUGAAUCUGAAAUUCCAAAAGUACAAGAACCAACUCCAAUUGCAUCAUCCAAUAAUGAAGAAUCCACUACUGCAAGUCUUGAAUCUGAUGAUUCUGAUGAAGAAAUGGAUUCUGAUUCUGAUUUCGAAGUUGUUGCUCGUGAAUCAGAAGAUGAAGAUGAUUUCAAUGAUUCUGAUGAUGAUGAUGACGUUAACUUGAGAAAUCAUCAAAAAGAUGUAGAUAUUGCCACUGCACAAGCUAUGACUUUAGCUCAUCAAUUGGCAUUAGGACAAAGAACUAAACAUGAUCUAGUUGAUGAUGGGUUCAAUAGAUAUGCUUUCAGAGACCAAGAAGGUUUACCAGAUUGGUUUAUUGAUGAUGAAAAAAGACAUAGUAAAAUAAGUAAACCAAUUACCAAAGAGGCUGCUUUAGCUAUAAAGGAAAAAAUGAAACAAUUGAAUGCAAGACCAAUUAAAAAAGUUGCUGAAGCUAAAGGUCGUAAGAAGAUGAGAGCAAUGGCAAGAUUAGAAAAAUUAAAGAAAAAAUCAGAUAUUAUUAAUGAAGAUAGUGAUAAAUCUGAACGUGAUAAAGCUGAGGAAAUUUCUAAAUUAAUGAAGAAGUUAACCAAAAAGCAAAAGACCAAACCUCAAGUUACUUAUGUUUUCGCUAAAGGUAAUAAUAGAGGUUUAAGUGGAAGACCUAAAGGUGUUAAAGGUAAAUAUAAGAUGGUGGAUGGUGUCAUGAAGAAUGAACAAAGAGCAUUGAAACGUAUUGCUAAGAAACACAAGAAAUAGGAGGAUAUAUAUUCUGUAUAUUAAUAAUUACUCAUGC